AUGGUCGAUGCGAGAGACAACGUCAACGCGUACAAGUCCGAAACGAAGCAGGAGGCAGCUGCGAAAGCGUCCAAAGAGGCGAACAUGGUCAGCUGACGACAUUGAUAGAAGACAUCUUGCAAUCUACCUCGGUUCUUGUCGACUUCUGAAUAUAAGAUUGUCUCUUUCCAUUAGGCGAUCGCAGAGGAUUCGACCGCGUCAAUCACCGAUCGGGCCAGUGCCGCCAUUAGUGCCGUCGGAGACAAGAUACAAGAGUCAACACGUGAGAACAACAAACGAGAACCGAGUUGAAAGGUAGUUGUCCCAUGCUGACCAAUCCACAAAAACCUCAUCCUACCCCAACUGGCAGAUGGUGCGAAAGCAGACGCUCAUCAGGAAGUUGCCGAAGUAAUUUUUUCAAUAGACCAGUGGCGAGACAGCUUAUCAUUCCCGCUUCUCUUCUCUCUUGGAACCACACGUUUCUGAUGAUGAUACCAAUUCCACAGGAACAGAGCAAAAUCUAG